ACGUGGUGCCGUUCUCUGGGCGGAGUGGGGAGGCGGCAAGAGGACCUGCGGCGGGCCCUCUUCCGCCAUUUCUCCGGCCCGGUUUCCCUCGGCGUGCCACUGUGCGCUCAGUCCAGCACCAUGGGGAAGCGGGACAAUCGGGUGGCCUAUAUGAACCCAAUAGCAAUGGCAAGAUCAAGGGGUCCAAUCCAGUCUUCAGGGCCAACAAUACAGGAUUAUCUGAAUCGACCAAGGCCUACCUGGGAAGAAGUAAAAGAGCAACUAGAAAAGAAAAAGAAAGGCUCCAAGGCUUUGGCUGAAUUUGAAGAAAAAAUGAAUGAGAACUGGAAGAAAGAACUGGAAAAACACAGGGAGAAAUUGUUAAGUGGAAGUGAGAGCUCAUCCAAAAAAAGACAGAGAAAGAAAAAAGAAAAGAAGAAAUCUGGUAGGUAUUCAUCUUCUUCUUCAUCAAGCUCUGAUUCUUCCAGCAGUUCUUCUGAUUCUGAAGAUGAGGAUAAGAAACAAGGAAAACGGAGAAAGAAAAAGAAGAACCGUUCACAUAAAUCUUCUGAAAGCUCCAUGUCAGAAACUGAAUCAGACAGUAAGGAUAGCUUAAAAAAGAAAAAGAAGUCAAAAGAUGGAACUGAGAAAGAAAAGGAUAUUAAAGGACUCAGCAAAAAGAGAAAGAUGUAUUCUGAAGAUAAACCUUUAUCAUCUGAGUCCUUGUCAGAAUCAGAGUAUAUUGAGGAGGUACGAGCAAAAAAGAAGAAAAGCAGUGAAGAACGAGAAAAAGCAACAGCAAGAAAAAACAAAAAAGAAAAAGAAGCAUAAGAAACACAGUAAGAAGAAGAAAAAGAAGGCUGCUAGUUCAAGUCCUGACUCACCAUAACAUUAAGAAAAAUCAGGAUUCCCUUGUAAAGAAAGUGCAAUGUCUGAGGAAAUUUCAACUGUGAAAACUACAACAUAUUUACUAAAAUGCAUGAAUUUUCUUGUUUUUAGAAUUAUUCCUGGACUAUUCAGUAGCCACUCAGAUGCCACUGUGUGAAAGGGCCAUAAAUGUUGCCUGCUGCUUGAACAUCUAUUUUUUUCUCUUCCAGUGCUUGAUAACUCUGGGAGAUAAUACUCUGCAGUUGUACUAGUGGUUAAGAUAUUUGGGAAUAAAAUUAAUACUUUUCACUAGAAGUGUCUAAGGAUAACCAACAGAAAUUGAAUCUGGAUACAUCUUUAAGAUGUAAUCAGAAAUGACCAGAUGACUCUAGUUAAAAUUUUUGAAGGAAGGAUUACAUUAAUAUUUCAAAACCCUUACUCUGUAGAUAAGUGUAUUUUAAUUUUUUCCCCUCGUAUACUUUUAUUUACCUGGGGAAGGAGCUUUUAGGGUUGGGGGGGUGGUUUGCUAUCUCUUUAGCUAGCAGAAUAGUGUGCCUUUGAUCCUCACACAUCCUGUAUUGUGGACACAGUAGCCAUGCUUCACGGGGAGGUCAGAGCUGGCUACCAGCAGUCUUGCCCUUUACUGAGCUUAGUGUUAUCCUUGAAUGCUGUCAUAUGCUGCUUUGAGUGAACCAGAGAAACAGUCAUUUGCAGCAUGAGAAAGCCCCAAAAGCUCUGGGAUUUACCUCCACUUCAGUAAUAAUGAAUAUUUUUUAGCAUUAGAAUGUGUUAUGUCAUUUGAAUUAAUUUUGACUACACUUUGGCUUGGGAGAGGAAUUAUUUUAAAUAGACACUGGUACUUUUUGAACUUGAUAGCUAAAGAUUCUAAAACGCAUGUUUUAUACUAAGUUUAACCAGUCAGGAAAAUUUUAUGUAACCAGUGAUAGUUUAUUUUUUUGUAUGAAUUUUGUUUAGGCUGCAAUGUUUAGCUUUUGUUAACUCCUCACUCUUGCUGUCUUAAGUUCAUUACUAGGUUUAAUGGCCUACUUGCCAAGAUAUUUAGCAUGUAAAAAGCAGGGUUUUGAUUAAAAAAAAAAAAAACGGCUUCAUAUUGAAGCUGAGACUUACAAUAACAAGUUGAGUGGCAAGCCUGGUAUGCUGUGUCUUAUUGCCAGAAUCUUAGUAAAUGUAAUGUUUUAAAAGUUUGUUGUCUUUGUAUAUUAAUAACAAAUUAUGACAAGUUAAGUUUAAAUAAGAGUUACAUUAUUGCUCUCCCUGUGUCAUAUUUUACUAAGAUUUUGUGCCUCAUGUCUACUGCUGAAUUGUUUACUAGGAAUGUUAAAAGGAAUUGAUAAUUCAUUUUCAUUUUACAUUUUUAUAUAAUCAGGUAACAUGACAUACAACUUGAUGUACAAUUUUGCCUGUUACAAAGGGUGUGCUAAUUAUAGUGGUAUAUGCACGGAACAUGUUGGCAUGACAACAGGCUGAAUAAAUAGCUAUUUUACUUAAAAA